GUCCAUUAUACGUAUAUACAACAUUAAUGCCAGAGGCUGCAAAUAUUCCAGGUAGCCGGUUUCCAUUCUCGCAUGCAGCCAACCACCACUGUGGUGGUGGGAGUAAAGUUACAGGAGAUCACUGCAGCUGCUAUCUAUCGCUAUACACGAGUAUUAAUUGGUUUUUGUUUGGACGUGAGCAAAGGUAAGGGAACCACCACUACCAGCUGUAUAUACUGUGAAAAAAAAAGUUUAGAUCUUUGGUGGUGGGGGCAUAGUUAUUUAUCACAG